GGCGCUAGUUCGGCGCUAGUGUUCCCGUCCGUGUCAAGUCCGAGGGUGGCCGAGCGUUCUCCCGAGUGCCUUGCGAGUGUCAGGCCGUUCCCCGUUUUCCUCCCAGUGCCGGGAUCAGUCGGAAUCAGUCGGAACGCAAACGUCCCUUUGGAGUCAGUGCGAUAUAAUUAGGGAAAACUAACCUAACACCCGCCCGCCGUUUCGUUCUAACGAGAGCAAAACGUAGGGAUAUAACCCGAAAGCGCGAACCUUAAAGCAAUAAUGACCGACAAGAAAGCGUAUCCAGUGGCACCGCAUCCACCGACCGGCUUCGUGCCCGCGCCGGCCCAAUCUGCCACCUACGGGGUUGCAGGCGCUGCACCUUACGGUGUAUUUCCCAAUCAGCCACAGCUAUAUGCAGCGCAAGGACCACCUCCACCAACCUACGAUCAGACUCUUACGCAUCCUAUGAUGUAUCAACCCAUGUAUGGUCAAGGAUAUCCUGGCGGAUACCUAGCAGGUUACCCCACAGCGUACGGUCCAUUGCAGUAUUACCCACCUCUGGCUGCUGCUGCGGCCUACUAUCCAGCAGCUGCGAUGCAGCCUGCACCGGUUAGGCCAACCAUUAUGGUGCCUAAUGCAUUCGACGGAGCACGGUUCGACGGAAUCUCGCAACCAGUCUUGCCACCACCGCCGCCGCCCGGAGUGGCCGCAAACGCGGCGCAGUUGGCAGCGAUGGCAGGCCACAGCGUAGCGCUCUCGCAGAAGAAGGGCUCGUUCCUUGGAGGAGGAACGGAGGGCGGUUACACCUUUUGGUAAACCUGCCGUCCGGGCCGAGAGGAGGACUCUUUUUGCGAACCUUCGGGACUCCAUCGACGACGUCGUCCCCGAGGAUCCCUGUAGGCAAAUUAACGUUUCGUUAGAGAUUUUUUUUCUGUCCGUUUUUCUCUUUUUUCCUUUCUAUUAUCUUCUUCUCCCCCCGUUUUUCAUCUUUUCUUCUCCGUUCCCCCCGAUCGAGCGCGGUUCUUCGGGCUCGAAGUAACCGCGGAUGUACCGCUCGGUCGCAUUCGGGACCGAUGGCGAUUUAUUGUUAAAUUUUUUUGUUGUUGCUCGCGUGUUCCUCGUGGACCUGCUUCUCGUUCCAGAGAGCCGUUGUACCCCGUCUUCGAGGACGACGGGGGACGUUUCGUCGAUGCGCGUUCACGAGGAAAUUCGCGGCCCCCUUUCUGGCGUAGAUAGUUGACUCUGCCUCGUGAUAGGGCUCGAAAUUAACCGAUAAGACUUUGGAAACUAGGCUUUCCAGUUUCGAAAGCUUUGACUAAGUGAGCGUAAAAACUCGAGGGAACGACACGGCUACGUAACAACGAGAGAGGUCCUCUGAAAGCCGCGGGCUUUGGACGAUACCGAUAUCAACGGCGGAAAAAGAUGACCCUAGAAAACUAGGCUGAUCGGUGAGUAAUGUGGCGAUCCGAUUGUUUUUCUUCGUUCUCACGAAUGGUUAGUUAUCCAGGGCCGGUACCACAAAAUUUGGAGGUUUUCAUGGAAGCCCAGAUCUUGGUUUGGAGCUUGAUGUUCAAGUAAAGAUAUGAUUAACCCUCCAGGUACACUUGAUGAGUCAGACUUCUUCAAAUGAAAUCAAUUUUUGUGAAUUUAAAUCAGUAUUCGGAAGGUUAAUUACAUAGCAGAGGGAAGCAUUUGAAUUGAGAAAACAAAAUCAAAUGAAUCGAUUCAAGGCGUUUAUAUAACUUCGAUUAGUGUAUCGCACUCAAAGUAAAGGGCACAUGCGUUGAGCUCUGGGUACGUAAGGAAAAGAAAUCGAGUCUGUGAACUCCAUUUCUUUUUAUUAAGAUCGACUGCACUUGAUUUAAAUCAGUUUUUGGUCCGACUGCAACUUUGUUCCGAUCCGAGGUUCAGUUUAUGUUUCCACAUUCUAUCUCCGAUAGUUACAUCCUUAAAAUGACAGAACGAUGGUGAGCAUGCUGUUAAAAAUAGUAUGAAUGUUUUUUUGCAUUAACGAGUCUUCUAAUAACCAUUGUACUUCUAUUUACUGUUAGGAGAGGUCUUUGACAUUGACAAAACGAGAAGAAUGUCGAACGAGUUACUCUUUGGGUGAUCCGAUUGGCUGCUCCGAUUUAAAGAAAGUUCCUCUUCUAAGCCACUGUUCGUUUCGAUCUGUUAUUUUAAUUGAUAUGAAUAAACUGAUUUAAAUCAUGUUUGCCCUGCUUGAGCCUAUGGUUUAUCCUUAUUAGGGUGAAGUCUACUUCUCUCUUUGAUCUCUGCAACGCCGAUAUAACAAUCCACCUAAACAGCCUUUCCGGUAAACGGUGGAUCUUUGGUGCCAAAUUGUUAUUCGGUGUGGACCAUGCCUCGAUGAACCACUGUUUCACUUACAACUCCAAGAGAACUCAUUUACUUGAUUUAUGUAAAUGAAUUAAAUUUGAGUCCUUGAUCACUCUGUCGACUCCUUAGAUAUUGUACCUUCUCUUCUUUUCGACGUGAUUCAUCUUGGCUCGGUUAAUGGUGUAGUCAUUAUCAAUCAAUAGCGAGGUGCCUCCGCAUCGAGCGAACUCUCCUUCGUCGAGCGAGAUAGAUUCUGAUUCGAACGGUUACCAUAAUAUUAGCUAGAAAACGCAAGAUUGAGUUUAGACGACAGAUUAGGCGAUAGACGCGGCGAGCAUGCGAAAAUGAUGGCUCGAGGGAGCACGAACAGAGUUGCUCGAACCUCCUACAGUACAAAUCGGUACACGUAAAGCCUGGGUUAUGCUUCCAUCAUAACCUUAACCUUAAUUUAAUCGUUUAUUUUAAGGAACUCACAGAGAGCAAUUAUGCUUUCCUUAUCUUAACCUUAACCUUUAGUAUAAAUGUUUCUAAUGAAUCUCUUACAAUGAACAAUUAAGUUUAAGCCAGGUUAGGUUACGACUGGGGCAUAAACGAGACUUAUUGACCACGAGAAUGGCUCGUUCAACCUUGUUUACGUUGCGAAAAGUUUGCGAAAGAUUCGUGUCGAUUAUUAAGUCGGAGCGACACGACGAAGUUGGAGGUUUUCCUUUCCGCUACGUCGAACCUUUCACGAGGAGUGUGUUCAAGAAAAAGGCGAGGUUAAGUUAGGUUAGGAAGAAGUGGAAGAAGCCGAAGCUGAAGUCGUGAUUCUCAACACCGGAUACGGACUAUCCUAACCUCUGACGCGAUCGAUCCAAUUCCCCCGAUGGUGGUCUUUGAUCGACUCGCGUGGACACGCGCCGUAACGCGAUAUUAAAUUAAGCAAUCGCGUCGUGGAGAUGACGCCUCGAUCGACGAUUAGUUUUGUAGGCAAUUUAGGAGACGGAGACUCAAUCCCUUUUAAGAAACUUUCUCUGCUAAUUGUCGCCACUACGACCAUGCAGGUCUUUAUUGAUCGGUCUUUCUGCAUCUUGGAUUUCUCUUCCUUCUAUACGAUUUUUCCUUCUUCAUGUCGUUUCCUCCGUUACUUUCCGUAACUUUUCACCGUCCGAUGCGUGUAAAUUGUCCUUUGGCAAUCGGAGACCCCUGUGCGAUUUCCGUUCAGCCCCGAUACGAGAAAAGAGUCUAGACCACAGGGUCUGGAUUCUUGCCGAAUGCCAAAAAGUUGGAAACCAGUAACUCGGGAGGCUCGACGAGUCGAUUUAAUACACCUUCCGUGGGUUUUCUCCCACGUCUUCACCGUCGAGGAAAUAAACUAUUUUUCGCGAUAAGAGAUAUUAAAUGCGCUCCUUAGAGAGAAGAAAGUGAGACAGAGAGAAAGAGAGAAACGCGAGAUACGUUGAUAUUUAUAUUUAUUGCUAUUAUUAUUAUUUAAGACAUUUAUUUGCAGAUUUGUAUUUUUUAAAGGAGAAUCUCAAUCCAAGAAAGAUAUACACACAGGCACACAAUAAAAGCGUGAGAGAAUUAGAGCGAGAGAGUGAGAGAGAGAGAGAACGAGAGUAAACGAUGGAGACGAACGCGUACAUUUUGACCGACAAUUUGUAAACCGUGAAAACGAGUGAUUCGAAGAUUUUAUAUCAUGAAGAAGGGUGCAAUAAACAGUGAGAGUCUAUUGUAACAAUAAAAGUGAAACGAUAUUAAAACAUGUAAAGUGAGAA